CACAUCUGACAUUUAUAAUACGUUGCACAUCAAUCGAACAUCUUCAUUAUCAGUUAUUCGGUUUCAUUGAAUCGUACGUUGAAUCGAUUAAUGUGAAAUUAAAUGUAAUGGCGUUUUCUUCGGGUAUUUUUAUUCAUUCAAUAGUUUUAAUUUUAUUGUGUCACCGUUGGGCUGACGGUUUAAAAUCAAACGAUCGAAAACUAAUUGUCGUUUCGUUUGAUGCAUUCAAACCGAUAUAUUUGGAGGAAAAGAUUACAACAUUCUUCAAAACUUUCUACAAAGAUGGCAUUCGAGCAAUUCACAUGAAAAACUCAUUUCCAACAAAAACAUUCGUCAAUCAUUUUAGCAUCGCAACUGGUUUGUAUCCACAGAAUCAUGGUGUGACCGGCAACGAAGUAUACGACCUUGAAAAAAAUCAAUUCUAUAAAUAUUCAUAUGAACUAUUUCACUAUAAUGAGAGUGUGAUACCGAUUUGGCGAUUGAAUGAAGACCAAGGUGGCCGUACCGGAGUGAUGAUGUGGCCCGGAGGAGAUUUUGCCUAUCAAGGAAAGAAGUGUAAUUUUACUAAAUCACUUGAUAAAAACAUGAAAGAAGAAGAUCGUAUUGAUGUAAUAAUGAAAUGGUUUAAAGAAGGCGCGAAUUUUGUUAUGUUCUACAUUGAACAGCCCGAUGAAGAAGGGCACGCAUAUAGUCCUGAUUCAACGCAGGAAUUGAAUAUGGUAAAGAAAUUAGAUGCAAUUGUCGUGUAUUUGGAGCAAUCACUCAUAAUAAAUGGGCUUGAUGACAACACUGAUAUAAUUAUUCUCUCUGACCAUGGCAUGUUGACAGUUACAACAAAUAAUUUCAUUGAUUUAUAUGCAUUUAUCGAUAAAAAUCAAUGUAAAAUGUAUGGUUCAUCGCCAGUUCUUCAAGUUGUUUGCGCCGAUGGAAAAUAUGAGGAAGCAUGCAAUAAUUUAACUAUAGCAUCCAGAAGUGAACAUAUGGCUGGAAAAUUUAAUGCAUUCAUCAAUGAACAAUUACUGGAACGAUGGCACGUUAAAAACACCAAAAGGUUUGGACCAUGUACAGUGGUUGCUGAGCCUGAAUAUGCUUUUCAAGACAUGUUUGAAUUUGCUGAAUGGUUUCAUUUGGAAAAAGGAGUACCAAUAUCAUUGAAUGCACCUUACGGCGUCCAUGGCUACGAUAACGACGUGCCAAGUAUGCAACCAAUUUUUUUGGCAAAAGGACCCAGCUUCAAUGCUGGAAUAACAAUCAACGACGAAUUUUCAAACAUUGAUUUGUAUUAUCUCUUUUGUAAACUAUUGCAAAUCAAAUGUAUUUCAAUUGACGGUAAAGAUCGUCAGGACGUCUGGCAGAAAAUGCUGAAAGAUGUUUCGAUAAAUGAAAUCCAGAAAUAAUUUUAACAAACGGCCGUGUUCCUCUAUAAAUGAACAGAUAUUUACAAAAAUUUGAGAAAAAAAAUUAAUUUUUCAAAUACUAUUACUUCUUAAUUUAUCACAGAUAAAAAUAAAUAUAUUUAAUCAAAUAAUAAAUGAAUUUUGUGUUGGGUU